AUAUCCCAUUUCCAUCUAUUAUUAUUAUCACCUUGAAUUUGAUCAUUCUUCUCCAAUUCCUUCUUCUCUACAAUUAGAUAUCGUGCUCUGGUUCGCUUUGGAUUUCGAAAUUCGAAACUCUAGAAUACGAUUCCAUAAACAACAGCUCAAACGCCCAAUAAGGGCCAUUAUCAUUUGGUGAUUUUCAUUUGUUAACUUUGUACGUACUUCAUGGCAUCUCUUGAGGGUAGAGUUACAUAUUCUUCUCUCUCUAAGCUAGACAAGGAGGACAGCCAAACCCAUUAUGAAGAUGACUUCAAUGAUAGUGGAUGGGCUGUGCCGGAGGGCAAUAUUAGUUACCCAUCAGUAUCAUCAAAGUCGUCAAAACAAGAAUACUAUCAAUUUCCCGAUGGAUCAGAAGAUUUUAUUGGUGACGAAUAUGAUUCAGGUGAGGAUAUCAGUAAUACCGCACUCACAAAUAAGACACCAGAGGUAAAUUUGAAAAAUGUGCUGAAUGGGAUAUUUGCAAUUUUGACCGGGAGUAAUAAAUCUUUAAAUGUUCCUGCGAAUAAGUCAUUACCCAGUUCAAAUGUUUCGUUCCUGGGCUCUGGCAAGGAUGGAAAUACUUAUUUACACUCCUCAGUUUACAUUCCCAGUGCCCCGCCCCUUCUCGAGCCCACCGGAAUCAAUUAUAGUGCUUACAAAGAAGUGUUGGAGGCUGAACCCCCUGAUUGGGUUCCUGAUAGUGCUACUACAGUUUGCAUGCAGUGCACUGCUCCUUUUACAGCAAUUACUCGCGGACGGCAUCAUUGUCGGUUUUGUGGGGGAAUUUUUUGUAGAAAUUGUUCUAAAGGAAGGUGCUUGUUACCUCUCAAGUUUAGAGAGAGGAAUCCUCAGAGGGUUUGUGAUGCUUGUUAUGACAGGCUUGAUCCUUUACAGAGCAUUCUUAUCAACAGCGUUAGCAAUGCUGUGCAAAUUGCAAAGCACGAUGUAAUGGAUUGGACAUGUACAAGAGGAUGGUUGAAUCUUCCUGUUGGUUUAUCCAUGGAACAUGAGAUAUACAAAGCUUCCAAUACAUUGAGAAGUUACUGCCAGAUUAGUAGGCUGAAUUCUGAAAGGUCUAUUCCUCUAGCUGUUCUUAAUGGAGCCAAAGGCCUUGCAAUUCUAACUGUUGCUAAAGCUGGUGUUGUUCUUUCUUACAAAGUUGGCACUGGUUUGGUCGUUGCCAGAAGGUCAGAUGGAUCAUGGUCUGCCCCAUCUGCCAUAUCUUCUAUUGGCUUAGGGUGGGGUGCUCAGAUUGGUGGUGAACUUAUGGACUUCAUUAUUGUUCUUCAUAAUUCGGAAGCCGUCAAGACAUUUUGUAGCCGCAUGCAUUUCUCUCUUGGUGCAGGCUGUAGUGCUGCUGCAGGACCUAUUGGAAGAGUGGUGGAGGCUGAUCUUCGCGCUGGAGACAAAGGUUCAGGCAUGUGCUACACAUAUAGCUGUAGCAAAGGUGCCUUUGUGGGAGUUUCAUUGGAAGGGAACCUUGUUACUACGAGGAUGGAUACUAAUCUUCGUUUCUACGGUGAUCCUUACCUCACAACAUCUGAUAUAUUGCUUGGGACAGUGGACAGGCCAAAGGCUGCUGAGCCUUUGUAUGCUGCUCUUGAUGGUCUCUAUUAUAGCCUAAGGCACUAGUUUCGGACGUUGAGUUGCUCGUUGUAUAUAUAUACAUAAUGCUAUAUAGCAUCUCUCUUGUCCAUAUGAAGUUCUUCAGUACUCCCCCCUGCAUGUCCUCUGUUCAGUCGCAUUCGUUGGGUUUUAAAUGUUUGUUUCUCAUCUUUGAUUUUAUAACUGUACAAAAACACAGGUUCAUUGAUGUUGGUUAAGUUAUUGCUUUUCCGCGUAGAGAACGCAGAUUCAGUCAAGUUCUCAAGUUUCGUUUGUACAUAUUAAUUGUACCACUCGUUUAUGGUAUAGUCAAGUGAUCGGAUAAAGUUACAUGUAUAUCUACUCAUUUAUAUGUUACUAUAUACUUUUAGUUA